CCGCAACUCUCGUCCUUUGACUCUUAGCCUCAUUUCACCUCUCGAAUUGUCCUUCCCCACCCCUCACUCGCUUGUCGUCUUUUCAAUCUCGACGAAUUUCUACCUUUUUUCGGUAUCGCCAUGUCCUAAGGUUCCCCCGAUUGCGCUGUGUGUACUUGGUUCUGAGCAGUGCACACCGCGCGUUGGGACAAGUGAGCUUCCGAUACAGCUCCAGCUUUGCGCCGCGACUCUUUCCUUUCACCCCAACGUAGCGGCAACACCGCCUCACCACUGGUGAGCCUCUUCUCAUCAUGGCAGACACGGCAAUCGAACUACCGUAUCUGUCUUCGCAAUAUGCCAUCCCCGAAUCUACCCUCUCCACCUUGACCCAAGCCCCUACCACGGAAUUAGUCAACCAGCUCCUGCAAUCGAUCACAAAGAAGGCACACGAAUUCGAUGAGCUCAAAUCUGACAAGCUCCGCUUGGAGGUCGAGCUUGAAAAUGCCGUGCGCAGCAACGAGUCGAAAGUGAAGGUGUUGAAGACAUCCGUCGAGAAGGGCCAUGCCGACGUCGAGGAUUUAAGAAAGAAACUUCAUGAAUCCGAAAACACCCGCUCAGCCUUGGAGUCAGAGAUCUCCACCCUCAAAUCGUCAACCACCUCCAAUGAGACCGAGUUCAACUCUCUCAAGUCCCGAAUCUCAACCCUCGAGUCUGAAAAGCGCGAAAGCCUUGCCUUUCUCGAGUCCAAGUCUGCUGCUCAUGACAAGCUAGCCGAGGAGCUCUCAGCUCAGCACAAGAAGACCAUCGAGUUGCGUCGUGAGCUUUCUACUGUGGAACAGAACCUCCAGGCUGCGAACUCCGCCGCUGCGAGUGCCCGGUUCCGUGAGCAGAAUCUCCAACAAGAGGUGGAUCUGACCAAAAAAAACAAUGAGUGGUUCGAGACCGAGCUGAAGACUAAGGGCGCGGAAUACACGAAGUUCCGCAAAGAAAAGAGUGCAAGGAUCGCGGAGCUUCAACGCACUAACGAGGAGGCUGCCAACAUCAUUGACACUCUACGACGCAGCGAGAACACUUUGAAGGCUCGACUCGACGAGACGGAGCAGCGCUACGAAGAGUCAUUGGCUACUAUCAGCCAGCUCAAGGACAGUGCUAUCCAGACCGAGGAGACAUUCCGUGUUGAGCUGGAGACUGCGAGUCGUCUCGCUAAGCUGCAAGAGUCCGCUGCACAAUCUGCAAAGCAACGUGCGCAGGAGUGCCAGAUUGCCCUCGAAAAUGCCAAGAAUGAAGCCGCGGAGGAAAUUUCUCGCCUUCGCGUCGAGAUGGAGACCGAACAUGCUGAUAAGGAGGCCGCAGAGACUCGUGUUUCUGAGCUCGAGGCAACGGUCGCUCAGCUUGAAUCACAGGGUCCCCGGAACCGAUCCGCAAGCCCGGCUCGUUCUCUGAACGGCGCAGGACCUACUACUCCCAUGCGACCAGGCACCCCCGGCGGCACUUUCUCACCACGCAUGUCGCGCACAAAGGGCAAUUUAACCUUCACGCAGAUGUACACGGAAUAUGACAAAAUGCGCACUCAGCUCUCCGCCGAGCAAAAGACCAAUCAGGAACUCAGGUCCACACUCGACGAGAUGCUCCAGGAGCUGGAGUCUACAAAACCAGAGAUUGACGACCUGCGGAGUGACCACAAACGCCUCGAGGACGCAGUCAUGGAUUUGUCUGGUCUCUUGGAAAGUUCUGCGAAGGAGCGCGAUGAUGCCAUCAAGGCAUCAAGAAAAUGGCAAGGCAAGGUUGAGGGCCUCACCCGUGAAGGCGAUAUUUUGCGCCAACAACUUCGGGACCUUAGUGCCGAAGUCAAAGUCCUGGUCAUGGAAGUGGCUAUUGCCAAACACGGCGAAGACUACGAUCGCGAGGAACUCGAGAAGAUUGCGCGGAAGGAAAUCGAAGACUCCUCAGCAGAGCUAAACCCAACCGGCCUCUUCAUAAGUCGCAACCUGGUCACGUUCAAGGACCUCCACGAAAUUCAAGAGCAAAACCUCACGCUUCGGCGUAUGCUGCGUGAGCUCGGCGAUAAGAUGGAGGGCGAGGAGGCUCGCGCCAAGGAUGCCAUCCGCCAACAGGAAGUUGAGGAAUUGAAGGAACUGAGGAUUCGUGUCCAGACUUACCGCGAUGAGAUUGCCAACCUGGUUGCGCAAUCAAAGAGCUACGUUAAGGAGCGAGAUACAUUCCGGAGCUUGCUUACUCACCGGCGUCAGACUGUCGGGGGAGAUACAGCUUUCUCUCAAUCUGUUCCUCCAGGUUCUGCACCCCCCGGUGCUUUCGAUAGCCAGCUGAAGGACAAUACGGAUUAUGGCGAUCUUCUUCGCAAGUUGCAAGCUCAUUACGAUACAUUCCGCGAGGAGACGCUUGCAGACCACUCUUCUCUCCGCCAACAAGUCAACGAGCUCUCGAGAAAGAACAGUGAAUUGAUGAGCGAGAUCAGCCGGUCGAAUAGCCAGCUGGCCGCCGCGACGCAACGUGCAGAACUUCUCCAAAGCAACUUCGAUAUGCUCAAGAACGAGAGUGGUGGCCUUCAGAACCGUUAUUCGAGUCUGCUAGAGAAUUCUAGCAAGCAGGAACUACGAACACAACAAGCUGCCGAGGAUCUUGUCGAGGCUAAGGGUCUUGUUGAGAGUCUUCAGCGAGAGAACUCUAAUCUCAAGGCCGAGAAAGACUUGUGGAAGAACAUCGAGAAGCGUCUUAUCGAUGAUAUUGAGAGCCUGCGCAACGAGCGUGGGCGUCUUGACUCCCUCAACGCGAACCUCCAAACGAUCCUCAACGAGCGAGAACAUACCGAAUCCGACAGCCGUCGUCGACUCCAAUCUACGGUGGAAACACUCGAGUCUGAGCUACAAUCUACAAAAAGGAAGCUCAAUGACGAGACCGAAAGUGCCAAGCAAGCCGCAUUACGUCGAAACUACGAACAGGAGCAGAGUCAAAAGCGAAUUAAUGACCUGGUCACCAGCCUGGGUGCCGUUCGUGAGGAAUUGGUCGCGACCAAGACUACCCGUGAUCACCUUCAAUCACGGGUUGAUGAGCUCACUGUUGAGUUGAAGAGUGCCGAAGAGCGCCUCCACGUCAUUCAGUCGCGGCCAAAUGUUUCGGCUAUCCCGAUUGAUCGCUCCGCUGCCACUGAAGAAAGCGGAGAUACCAACGGUCUGAGUCGCGAACAGGAGCUUCUCAUUGAAAUUUCAGAGCUCAAACGUGAUCUUGAUCUCGCAAAGGGUGAGCUUGCUCACGCCAAAGAGCAAGUAGAAGAAUAUCGGGCGAUCAGCCAGUCAACCGAGGAGCGGAUGGAAGCGGAAGCGGACACCCAUGCCCAAUACCGCGAGGAAACCGACCGGUUGAUCGAGGAGAAGGACAAAAAGAUCCAAGACCUCGAGAGCCGGAUCGAAGAGAUUUCUACCGAGCUUUCUACCACCACUAGCGAGAUUACGAAGCUUCGUGAUGAACAGGGCGAAGCAACGCGUCAUUUGGAAGACCAGAAGGCUCAUUUGGAGUCGGAACUAAGUCGUCUCAAGGACGACAAUGACAGACAUGUCGCCGCGGCUCAGUGCCAUCAGGAUGACCUUAAGGCGCAGGCCGAAAUCUCGCAAAAUCUCCAGAGGAAUUACGAGGCCGAGCUGAUCAAGCACGCUGAGGCUGCCAAGAAUGUCCAAGCCGUUAGGGCUGAAGCCAACCAGUUGAAGCUCGACGUGGCUGAGCUGCGUACACAGACCGAGACCUACAGAAAGGAUCUGGCUCAGAAAGAAGAGAGCUGGGCGGAACAGAGAGCGCGCUAUGAAGGCGAACUCGCCGAGGUACAGAAGCGCCGGGAAGAGGUGAACCAUCAGAAUUCUGUUCUCCACUCCCAGCUAGAGAAUAUCACCGCGCAGAUUGCUGCCCUCCAGCGCGAUCGGGCAGGCGUGCCCGAAAGCGAUGAGCAAGAAGGCAACCAGGCAGCCCCAGACCUGGAGGGACUGCAAGAGGUCAUUAAAUACCUUCGACGUGAGAAAGAGAUCGUGGAGGUCCAAUACCACCUUUCAACUCAAGAAGCUAAACGGCUGCGCCAACAAUUCGACUACACUCAAUCCCAGCUGGACGAAACUCGACUUAAGCUUGAGCAGCAACGUCGUGCUGCUGCAGACAAUGAGCACCAUGCUCUGAAUCACAACAAACUCAUGGAAACACUCAACGAGCUCAAUCUGUUCCGUGAGAGCAGUGUUACCCUUCGGAACCAGGUCAAGGACACCGAAGCGGCUCUUGCCGAAAAGUCUGCUCGUGUCGAUGAGUUGACACAGCAAAUUCAGCCUCUGGAGACUAAGAUCCGUGAGCUGGAGGGAAUCGUCGAGGCCAAAGAUGGCGAGUUACAGCUGUUGCAAGCCGACCGGGAUCAUUACCAGAAGCGCGUGCAAAACAUUCUGCAGAAAUACGAUCGUGUCGAUCCACAGGAAAUGGAGGCGUUAAAUGAGAAACUGGCGACCUUGCAGAAAGAACGCGAUGAGGCCAUCUCUGCGCGCGACACACUUCAAGCUGAGGCCGCAGAAAAGAUCCAGGCUGCGGAGCAAGCCGCAGAAACUCGCAUCACCGAGCUUCGUCAAAAACUCACUGAACAGUUCAAGGCCCGAUCCAGGGAGCUGUCCAUGAAAAUCAAUGCCCACAAACAAGAGAAGGAUGUCCUGCAAGCUGAGCUGGAUCGCACAAAGGCUGAGCUUGAAGCGGUCAAGGCCAAGGUCCCUGAAACGCCUCCUACAACAACGACGACAUCAGCUGCCCCUGCUGCCGAUGAGGCUGCUCCAGUGAACGCGACGCCUGCGUCCCAGUUCCCCACGGGUACGACCACCUUGGUAUCAUCCGGCGACGAGCAGAAGAUCAAGGAGUUGGAAGCCAAGAUUGAGCGCCUGGAGACUGCUCUUGCCGAGAAGGACGCUCUUAUCGCUACCAAAGAUGCGGAGAUGGACGCAAGAGUCAAGGAGCGCGCCGACAAGCUCAAGGACUCCUUUAACAGCAAACUGGGUGAGAUCAAGGCAAGCCACCGCCAGGAACUCGAAAAGCUUUCUUCCGGGGGGGCUCCUGUCCCUGCCACCCCCGUUGCAGGCGCCGAACAGACACCCGCCACACCGUCCAAGUCUCUUCCUGGUGUACCUGACCUUACUGAGCAACAAGCCCGUGAUCUUGUUCAGAAGCACGAGACCAUCCGUAACAUUAUAAGGAGCAAUAUCCGCACCAAGGUUACUCAGGCCGAGGAGAAGGCCAAGGAGGAAGCCCAACAGGCUUCAAAGGCACAUGAAGAGGCCGUGGCCGCGUUGAAGAAAGCCCAAGAGGAGGAAACUACCGAAAAGGUCAAGGCUGCUGUGCAGCUGUCCGACAAGAAGACAGCCGCCCGGAUUAGCAUGCUGGAUACUCGCCUCAAAACAUCCCAGGCGAAAAUUGACGUCGUUUCCAAGGCUGCCGAGGAAACCCCGCAAAGGCCGGUGGUUGAAGUUUGGGAGAUCGCAAAGACGGCGAGACCCCCAGCUCCGACCCCUAAACCCCCGAUGGGUGCAUCUCCAGUGCCCGUUGCGUCUCCUGUGCAGGCGAGCCCUGUAACUCCUGCUGCGUCCGCUCCUGGCCCAGCCCCUGCUGCCCAGCAAGCUGCCGUACCCGUACCUGUGCCCGAGGCUUCUGCGCCACGACAGAAUGAGCCCGGAGAAAAGAAUGCUGAGGCUGCUUCGACAACUCCAAACCCAUUCGGCCAAGUGCAGCCGAGUCCUCAACAGCAGCAGCAACAGCAGCCGCAGUCGCAGUCGCAGUCGCAGUCGCAGUCGCAACCUCCUUCACUACCCUCGAAACCUCCAUCAGGCACUGCCCCCGGCAUGCUGCGCGCCCUACAGUCUGGCCUCCCCGUUGCUCGUGGAGGUCGCGGUGGCCGCGGUGGCGGCCAACAGAAUCCUUUCGGUCACCCUCAACCGCAACAGGCUGACCAACAAGCCCAAGGACAAACGCAGAGCCAACGCGGUACGGGUGUUUCUCGUGGCCGAGGUGGUCGUGGCGGCCAAGGUCGCGGAGGAAACCAAACCGCCGGCAGUGCUCAACCCCAAAACCAAAACCAAGGCCCGGCUAGCCCCGCGGCCAAUCGUGGUGCGCUCAAUGUCCAGGCACGCCAGUUCAUUCCACAGGGAAACAAGCGGUCACGCGAGGAUGGAUCUGAUACAACCAAUGAAGGCGCAAGUGGUGGAAAGCGCAUGAGGGGAGGCGGCGGACAAGCUCGCGGCGGCGGUUCCUCCUAGGGUGUUUCUCUUUUCUAUAUUUUUCUAUUGAUGUAUUUCUUACUUUUGAGAAGAGGCAUAUCGGGUGCCUCGCAUGCUUUGUUUUUGCCUUUCGGGGCCGUCAUGUUCCAAGCUGCUGCGCAUAUCUUUCCUUUUCUUUCUGUAUCUAGAUGCUCAAUCUAUGGUGGAGUUCUGGAGGUUCAAUCUUUCACAUUGUACAAGAUCUAGAUUUCGUAGCUGGACGUCGUUUUAGGACCAAUAUGUGUCUUCAGAAAGAUGCCACUAGGAUACUCUAUGCCAUUGUCGACAAGGCGGGAGCUUUCAAAGAAUAUCACAGGACUUACUGAGUUUUGAAAAGGUUGAAAUCUGAAAAGGUUCAUCAUCAUCAUCGACUAGACGAGGGUAUACGCAAAACAAAAUUCCUGGAACGAAAACAACACAACGCCACGAAGCUGGGGAACCCAUCGCAUCUAUAUUGACUGACCUCAACGCAGCCCUAUUUCUUUUUCCCAGCUCCAGCAGGCACAAUCAUCCUCCCCAACACCUCUCUCUCCUUCUGAAGAACCAUCAACCUUGCAUCCUCAAUGAUCUUCCCUUCCGGAGCUGGCGGCGGGACGGGCAAUUGCGCAACCUGAGCCGCAACCACAACCGCCGGCGCGGGCUCCCUCCCCAAACGCGCUCGUUUCCGUCGUUGUCCCACUCCAGAGCCCCAUACGACCGUCCACUCAGGAACAGACCCGUUGACAGGGACCUGGCAACCGGAGCAAACCUUGGAGUGUGCGCCCACGUCUGCGUAUCGGUUUAUCGUGACGAGGGUCUCGAUUGUAGCGGAGGAAUGGAUAUUUGCACCAGGAAGCACCGUGGAGUGAGGGCCGAUGGUUACAAAGUAUGAGAUGCGGGUAGCGUUAUCUUGUCCCGGGCCUUGUCCUUGUAUUUGCGGCGCAGAGAAUGUGACGUCCGUAGAUGAAGAUGUGGGAGACGGGCCCGUCGAAGAAGACGGUGACGGCCUCGUCGAUGCUGAUGUACCCGGUGCGGCUCCAAUGAUUGCCUUCUCGCUGAUUAUACAUCCAUCGCCGACGGAGAUUGGGCCCUCGAAGGCGUAGAACCGCGCGCGGGGGUGGAUGACCGUCCCCGCGCCGAUGGUUACGGGGUAUGUUCCCUGGAAGAUGGCGGUGUCUGCGAUGGUGGCCGAGGGAUCGGCUUUGAGGGGAGCCUUUGGUGGACCGGUUGGGGUGUGUGAGGAUGAGGAUGAGCGAUGCUGCGCUGGAGGGGGCUUAAGGGUUGCCAUUGGGGAGGUUUGUUUUGAGAAGAAAGAUGUUUUGGUGUUCAAAUGCGCUGGGAGGGGGGGGGAUUUGGGUCGGCGAUUGC